AUGGCUCCAAGAAGCUUCUCUUCUUCUUCUUCUUCUUCUUCUUCUAUCUUGGCUGCAACUAUUUGUUUAGCUUUCAUACUUCAUCAAGCUCAAGCUCAAUUGAGUGCAACAUUUUACGCUACCACUUGCCCUAAUGUGUCCACCAUUGUUAGCAAUGUCAUCCAACAAGCUCUGCAAUCCGACACUCGAAUCGCCGCGAGCCUGAUUCGCCUCCAUUUCCAUGAUUGUUUUGUUAAUGGUUGUGAUGCUUCAUUGUUGUUAGAUGGUAGCAGCACCAUUCAGAGUGAAAAAAAUGCAGGCCCUAAUGUUAAUUCCACCAGAGGAUUCGAUGUUGUUGACAACAUCAAAACUGCAGUGGAAAAUGCUUGCGCUGGUGUUGUUUCAUGUGCUGACAUUCUAGCUCUGGCUGCAGAAUCUUCUGUUUCUUUGUCAGGAGGGCCUUCCUGGAGUGUACUAUUAGGGAGGAGAGAUAGCUUGACUGCCAAUCAAGGUGGAGCCAACACUUCAAUUCCCUCUCCUUUUGAAGGUCUAAACAACAUUACUUCCAAGUUCUCCGCAGUCGGUCUCAACACAACGGAUCUCGUCGCGUUAUCUGCUGCGCAUACAUUUGGGCGAGCGCAAUGCCGAGUGUUCAGCAACAGGCUAUACAAUUUCAGCGGCACAGGCAACCCAGAUCCAACCCUAAACACAUCAUAUUUAGCAACUCUGCAACAAAUUUGCCCACAAAAUGGGAGUGGAACAACCUUGACAAAUCUUGAUCCCACAACUCCAGAUGCUUUCGACAAUAACUAUUUUACAAAUCUGCAGAACAAUCAAGGGCUUCUGCAAUCAGACCAAGAAUUAUUUUCUACUUCUGGGGCUGCCACCGUCUCCAUUGUGAACAAUUUUGCCAGCAGCCAAACAGCCUUCUUUCAGAGCUUUGCUCAAUCAAUGAUCAAUAUGGGAAACAUCAGCCCGUUGACUGGUAGCAGUGGAGAAAUUAGAUCGGACUGCAAGAAAGUUAAUGGAAGUUAAUUAAUUAGUGUGUUUGAAAAAAAUUUA